AACAUAAAAGAAAAACAAGAAUGAAACUGACUGGUACAUAUGAAAUAUGACCCCACACAAUCCAAAGAGCUAAACUAAAACAGACAUGGCGUCAGUUUCAGCAUUUCUUGGAUUUUCUCAUACUGAUGAUAGGAAAACCCAUAGAGCCAUAGAGUGAAAAGAGGAAAUGUUAACAGCACCUUCACUUUCCGGCUUUAGGUCUCCAUUUAUUAGCUCCCCUCUUAAGCUCCAUCCUCUUUCUAAUUCUUUUUUCACUCAUCGAAAGCCUAAUUCUUAUCCCUGUAUUAGAGCUGUGGAUCUUGAUCAAAACACGGUCAUAGCUAUUUCAGUUGGGGUGCUCAGUGUUGCUAUUGGAGUUGGAAUUCCUGUUUUUUAUGAGACCCAAAUUGAUAAUGCUGCAAAAAGAGAAAACACUCAGCCCUGCUUCCCCUGCAAUGGCACCGGUGCUCAGAAAUGCAGAUUUUGCUUGGGUACUGGCAACGUGACAGUGGAGCUUGGAGGGGGCGAGAAAGAAGUCUCUCGGUGCAUCAACUGUGAUGGUGCUGGUGGUUUGACUUGCACAACAUGUCAAGGGAGUGGCAUUCAGCCUCGGUACCUUGAUCGUAGGGAAUUUAAGGAUGACGAUUAGAUAUGGAAGAAUAUUCACCAUGGAUGCCACAGCUUGUUUAUCAUCGUCUAGAAGGCCUGUCAUUGUCACCUGGGAUAUAAUUGACAAAAAAAUUCUGUAAAAUUCAUUUAUGUUUAUCCUCUGUCUCUACUUUCUCAGUUUUUUUUUACAUAUUCCUUUUGCCUUUUGUUCUUACAUGUAAUCGUUAACAAAUGGAGCAAUACAUGAUUUCAAUACCAGCUUUGUCCAAUUGCUAGA